UUGCUCUCAGUAUCUGGCUAUAAGCAACGCUACUUGCCCGAGUAUCUUUGAGUUUCAAAAAUAUCUUCGUCCGGUUCGGUUGUGCGCGCAAGUUCUCUUUCGCAUAAAGAGACCUCAGUGGGACCUAUAAGUUGUUUGCAAUCAACUGACUACCCAACCAAGUACUAGCGCGAGUGAACCACAGUGAACACUACUAGUCUUUAAUCACGAUAUAAACUGUAAACUGUAAAAUGCCUCGUACGUAAGAGAGCAAUCUUCACAACUAAACUAAAAUCCAAAAAAAUAACAAAAGAAACGAGUGAAACAAGCUAGAGGCGAAGGCGGAGUAGGAUAUGGCCACUAACACGGAACUGCUGCCCUUCCAUCACCAGACAACGAUCGCUGUUCUCAACAAUCUGAAUAACCACUGCGGUGGAUCCGGGGCCGGAGGUAAUGGAGCCGGAGCGGCUACCAGUGGAUCGGGAAUGAACGGUGGCGCCGGAGCUGGAGCGCCCAGCUGGGCCAUGGACGAACUGUAUCAACAGACUGAGUUGCCAGGGCUGACACGAACUGGAGCCACCGGCACCACACACCACCACCUGCUGCGCUUCACGCCCUACGCCCUGCACCACCGCCCGCCCCACCAUCAGCUGCCCGCCCUGCCCCCGGCGCUCUACCUGCAGCACGCGGCAGCAGCUGCGGCGGCGGCUGCAGCAGCGGCAGCCCAUGCCCAGCACCAUCACCACCACCACCAUCAUCUCCACCCGCACAGACCCGCUUCGCCGGAGAGUCCACCGCCCGCGGAGGGCACACACAUCAGUAACCUGUUCCCGGAACUCCUCGAGCAGAUCUUCGAGCACCUGCCGGUGCGGGAUCUGGGCAGGGCUGCCCAGGUUUGCACCGCCUGGCGGGACGCGGCCUAUGCCAAGAGCGUGUGGAAGGGCGUGGAGGCCAAGUUGCAUCUGAAACGCUCCAGCCCGAGUCUCUUCAACUGUCUGGUCAAGCGGGGCAUCAAGAAGGUCCAAAUCCUCUCCCUGCGUCGCUCCCUCAAGGACCUGGUUCUGGGCGUCCCGGCUCUCACAUCGCUCAACCUGAGCGGCUGCUUCAACGUGGCCGACAUGAAUCUGGGACAUGCCUUCAGCGUGGAUCUGCCCAACUUGAAGACCCUGGACCUCUCGCUCUGCAAACAGAUCACCGACACGAGUCUGGGCCGGAUCGCUCAGCACUUGAGGAAUCUGGAAACCCUGGAGCUGGGAGGUUGCUGCAACAUCACCAACACCGGAUUACUGCUCAUAGCGUGGGGCCUGAAGAAGCUGAAGCACCUCAACCUGCGAUCCUGCUGGCACAUAAGCGACCAGGGCAUUGGCCACCUGGCGGGCUUCAGCCGGGAAACGGCCGAGGGCAACCUGCAGUUGGAGUACUUGGGUCUGCAGGACUGCCAGAGAUUGAGCGACGAGGCGCUAGGACACAUCGCCCAGGGCCUGACAUCGCUGAAGUCCAUCAACCUGAGCUUUUGUGUCUCGGUGACGGACAGUGGCCUGAAGCACCUGGCGCGCAUGCCCAAGCUGGAGCAACUGAACCUGCGCUCCUGCGACAAUAUCUCGGAUAUCGGGAUGGCCUACCUCACGGAGGGCGGCAGCGGCAUCAACUCCCUCGACGUGAGCUUCUGCGACAAGAUCAGCGACCAGGCCCUCACCCACAUAGCCCAGGGCCUGUAUCGGCUGAGAUCCCUGUCGCUGAAUCAGUGCCAGAUCACCGAUCACGGAAUGCUGAAGAUCGCCAAGGCGCUACACGAACUGGAGAACUUGAACAUCGGCCAGUGCAGCAGGAUAACGGACAAGGGACUGCAGACAUUGGCGGAGGACCUCACCAACCUAAAGACCAUCGAUCUCUACGGCUGCACGCAGCUGAGCUCCAAGGGCAUCGACAUCAUCAUGAAGCUGCCCAAGCUGCAGAAGCUCAACCUGGGCCUUUGGCUGGUGAGAUGAUGCGUUCACCACGACUGCAACGCAUGUGCGGCGGAGGAGGCUGCGCGCAUCACUUGCAAUUCCCAAACAUAGAUUCAGGGGGGAACAUAGAUACUGUAGUGGAUGGGGGGGAUGGAGUAGGGAGGCGCUGGAAGGAGCGAUGUCGGGCAGACAAGAUACACUGAAAACUCAUAGCUUUCGUUUGCCAUACCACGCGCUGUACUAAAUUUUUUUCGUACGAAUCGAGUAGAAACGGGCAGAGAAACAGAAAACAACGCACCAACAACAAAAAGCAAACAAUGAAACACACACACACACUCAGGCUGCGUUGGGGAAUGGGGGGACAGAGAUAGACGGCGUCAUGAACAGUGUUGCUGGCUUAGCUUUUUUUUUUAUCAAAUAAUGUAAUUUAUUUUCUUUUCUAAAAAGUAAACAUUUUCUUGAUUUUCAAUUUUAAAUAAUUUUUAUUAAAUUUUAAAAUCUAAAUAACUAUUUUUUUCUACAAAAACUACCUUUAGAUACUGUUAAGUAUCUUUAGUUUAGUUUUCCAAAAGUAUCUUUUUCUCUGGCAUACAUCCUGGCAGCACUGUCCAUGGAGCUGGCUUCGCUGCGUUUGUUUAAGUCUGUAUGCGUGUGUGUGUGUGUGUGUGUGCCGCAGGUUCCUAGGUGUUGGCCAAGAGCGAGGGGAGAAGCCAGCCGCUGCCGUCGGCAAAAAAAAAAAUAAAGAGAAAAAAAGAAACAGCUAGCGGCCGAAGCAGCAGCAACAACAACAACUGCAGCUAUGGCCGACAGCAACAAAGUGCAUGGCGAUGGAGACGCAUGAUAAGUAAGGGGGAGUAAUGGCGGAGAGGUGGGCAGCGCAUUUAUACACACACACACACACACACACGUGCAUGAAUGAGAGAAUGCGUGUUUGUGUGUGUAUGUGUGCAAUGCAGGCCGCAGUUAAGCAGAUGCAAAUAAAUUUAAAUAGUUUAUUUUAAUUCACGCUUCGGCAACAAAAGCCAGCGUCCUCCAUUGCCACAGCAACAAAAACAAAAGCGACUCAAACACCAACAACAACAACAAAAAAAAACAUAGUGGCAGGGAGAGUUGGGGCGAGGAAUUAAAGCUCUUUUGGAGACUGUUCUGCGACUUGACUCUCCUCCGCUCUUUGCUUGGGGCUCUCUCAGCCGCAUUUUUCUUGCUUUGUGUGCUCCCUUUUUUUGUUAGUAUCUUUUUUGUUUUUAUGUUUCUCCUUGAUUCCAUCAGCAUUAUUAUUGUUUUUUUUUUUGUUGUGUUUUUUUUCACUCUCGUCUCGUUGCGAAUUUGUUUAGUACAGCGUCGUUAGUUAUGCCGUUUAAUUUAGUUGAUUAAAAACCGUAAACAAGAAGUAACGAAAAUUUAAGCAAAAAACAAUGUUAAUAGUAGACACUUAAUGAAGAUGCGUAAACUUAAUUCUUAGUUCUUAAAAAUUUGUCAAGCCACAAUUAGUCAAAUAACAAAAACAAAAAAAAGCGAGGGGAGAUACUACAAAUAACACAAGUUAUUUAAAAAAAAAAAAAGAAACAACCUUGUUUAAUAGAAAAACUCACCUAAAAACACAUACACAAGUAAACACAUACCACACACAUACACUGACACAAAAAACGUUAAAGAAAAUUCUGUAAAUUUUUUAUUGUUUAAUUUAUAAGUAAGCAAAAAACGGAAAUGAGAAAAAUGAGAGACGAUAACGAUUGAAAAGAAUAUGCGAAUUAAUUCUUUUUUCUAUUGUGAUAUAAAAUGUAUUGUAUAAAAAAAAACCACAUAAACAAACAAAAACUAAUGCUAAAAAACAAUUAAUUAAUUUUAUUUAAGAAGCGACGAGAAUACUUCAAGCAACCACACAAAAAACAAAAAAUAAAUGAAAAAAACAAGAAUAAAUUAUAUUAAAAUUAAAUUUAAAGAAAUAUGUACAAUGUUAAGUCAGGUUUUUCAAGCCAAUUUUCUCUGUUUUGGAAUUAGUUAAAUGAGCCCGAUUCGAUGAACUUUUUGUUGAUCCGCAAUAUACCGAAUGCCUUAAUUAUUUUGCAAACUAUGUAUAUUAUUAACUAUGUUGAUCCUGAAAACCACUGAGUUUCCAUUUUUCCCUAGACCUAAGUUUUCGAUCGAUUGAUAUUUCUGUUUUAGGAGGAUAUAGAAAAGAAGGCCCCCAAAAUAAAUUGAAAAAGGAUGGCGAUUAGAGAUGGCGACGCGAAA